UCACGUGUUAACCGUAGUUAAUAUUCUCGGUCUUUCUCACUCUUAACGAUAUCAACAAGAGUGUGGCUAAUUACUCGCUCCUUCACACACAUAAUAACAUUUUUGUAAAAGAAUGUCUUUGUCAAUAACCACUUAGCGGUAUGCACGCAACCUGCACCUGAUGUGCUCUUGUUGAGAGCAGGCCCAGCAGUUAACCUCGAAGACGUUAUCCAGUCGUGUAGCACACAAUAACUCGCAACCCAGUGUCAGUCUGUGCUCUGUGCUCUGUGUUCGUAUCACGCGUGAGUUGUGUAGCAGGUUGAAGUUAAGUUUUCUGCUCCUCAAAUCGGCGGAGUAUCAUCGUGACUCAAGCUACAAACAAGCUGACCAAAAAAGUUGGUUGUACACGCGUUCCAAUUUUAGGCUGAAGCGGUAUUAAUUUGUGUCUAGUACAUCACGUUCGCCUUUCCUCAGUGAUAAUAAGUGAUAGUGAACCAGUGCACGGCGGUAUACAAGAUGGGGUAUAAAAAAGAGUACUCGAAAACCCAUGGCUACAUUUUCAUAAGGAUGAUUUCACCGUUCGUGAAGUACCUAUUAUUCAUAGGAUUGAAGUUCCUCAAAUUCACAAUAAUUUGGCCGAUAACAGCAGUUGUUAGUAUAGGCCCGACCAAGAAGUGUCCACCUAUCAGGAAUCAGAUACUGAUGUUGAGUGGGUCAUCAUUAGCUCAUAAAAUUAGGACGAAGCAGCUUUCCUGCGUGGAAGUUGUGACAGCCUACAUCACCAGAAUACGAGAAGUGAAUCAAUCCCUGAAUGCAGUCGUUGAAGAUAGAUUCCAGGAGGCACUGAAAGAGGCUCAGGCUGUGGACAGUCUCAUUGCAUCCAACACAAAGGCGGAGGAUGUCAUUGCAACGGAGACACCCUUCCUUGGAGUUCCUGCCACAGUGAAAGAGAGUAUAAGUGUACAAGGUAUGAGCAACAACGCAGCUCGUAGCAACGUGAACGAGCACCGAGCUGACGAGGACGCUGAUACAGUGAGGCUGAUGCGGCAGGCUGGCUUCAUCAUUCUCUGCGUCACAAAUACCCCAGAACUGUGCCUCUGCUGGGAGACCUUCAACAACAAGACUGGCCGCACCAAUAACCCCUACAACUUGAAACGAUCUCCUGGUGGCUCAUCCGGUGGUGAGGCUGCCCUACUGGGAGCGGGAGCGUCAGUUAUUGGAAUGGCGUCUGAUAUUGGUGGAUCAGCUCGUCUACCUGCUAUGUACACUGGUGUAUUUGGACAUAAACCCACACCAGGAUAUGUUUCUAACAGAGGUCACGUUCCAACAGCGACUGAUAAGCACUGGAACAAUUUCUUCACACUGGGUCCCAUGUGCAGAUUUGCCGAGGACCUUCCUCAACUGUUGAGUUGCAUCAUCGAAGACCCAUUGAAAGUGAACGAACUCAAACUACGGGAACCAGUUGAUCUGAAAAAAGUGAAAAUAUUUUAUGCGGAGGAUGAGGGACCUAACUCAAUCACAUCAGACAGAAUGUGUACAGAAAUGAGAGAUGCAUUGAGAAGAGCAGUACAUCAUUUGAAAGUAAAAUACGGAAUAGAAGCAAAAAAGGUACAUAUAAAGGGCUUGGAAGACUCUCUGGAAUUGAGCGCUAUGAUUAUGCUGAGGAUGAGAGGCAUUCCAAAUGUAUUUCAGAAGUCAGAGAAUGAUCCCGAUGAGUGGAACAGUGUAACUCUCGAAGUUCUGAAGAGGAUAGCAUGCCUUUCUUCUGCAACUCUCCCUAGUAUACUGUAUGCACCCGCCAAAUGCGUAGCUGACAGAGUAUCUGAUGAUUACUACAAAACAAUGCUUCUGAGGAAACGAGACAUCAUGGACCAAUUCCAGGAGCUUCUUGGAAGUACUGGAGUUUUCCUAUACCCCACAUUUCCUUAUCCAGCUCAAAAUCAUUAUCAGAUCUUCUACAAUCUGAUGAAUACAAGCUACCUUGCAAUAUACAAUGUUCUGGAGAUGCCGGUCACUGCAUGUCCGCUUGGUCUGAAUCACGAGGGUCUUCCAAUGGGAAUUCAGGUGGUUGGUUGGCAAGGACAGGACCGUUUGACAAUAGCAGUGAGUCAGGCUCUAGAAAAAGAAUUUGGUGGAUGGAUUCCUCCUCCAGAAUAAAGCAAAUAUUGUGUUGUAGAAUAUUAUAAUAUAUUCACAUUCCAUUCGUGGAGCAUAAACCUUUAAGUUGUGAAUGUAGGAGGUGCUACUGUAAAUAAUGAUUCAAAAUAACUGUGAAAUGUCGUUUAGUACAAGAGUAUAGGAAGCUUCAGAGUAUAAAUGAUAAGUGUAUAGCCUAACUAUAAUUUUUGUAAGAAUAGACACACGAUACAUCACAUUCUAGAAUAAGUACUUCAUUCGAUAUUUUGUAAGUUAUUUAAAUGUUUGUACGAGCCAUUCCAGUUUUUAAUAUUAUAUGAGAUAAUUUAUGUUUUGUAUUAUGACUUUUAUAAAGUUGUGAUUGAUGUUGUAUAUUAUGUA